CGUUUUCGAGAAAUUCGACGCAAGAUAAAAUCUUGUCCAUAAAGGACCGCCUCUCACAGGUUUAUAAAACUCUUUCAACCAUGCCGCCACUCGCUAAAAGCAAAACAUAUGAUUAUCUCGUUAUUGGCGGAGGUAGUGGAGGUUUAGCCUCCGCUAGACGCGCGAGUUCCUAUGGCCUUAAAGUGGGGCUCAUAGAGUCAAGUGGUCGUUUGGGUGGCACUUGCGUAAACGUUGGCUGUGUUCCAAAAAAGGUUAUGUUCAACACUGCGUCCAUUGCUGAAGCUUUGCAUGAUGCGCAAGCAUAUGGCUUUGAUUUACCCCGAAUUCCAGAUUUUAAUUGGAAUCUCCUCAAACAAAAACGUGAUGGGUAUAUUAAACGUCUUAAUGGAAUUUAUUCUAAUAACCUUAACAAAGAUAAUGUCGAGUAUAUCGCAGGAAAAGCCAGCUUUUUAGAAAAAAAUGUAUUAAGAGUAGAACAUAAUGGUCAAACUGAAGAUCUCAAAGCCACGAAAAUCUUGAUCGCUACCGGUGGUUAUCCUUUCAAACCAACUGAGAUUCCCGGUGCCGAAUUAGGUAUCACCAGCGAUGACUUUUUUGAUAUUGAAACACAACCCAAAAGAGUUUUGGUUGUGGGCACAGGCUAUAUUGGAAUAGAGUUGGCUGGGAUAUUCAAUUCCUUAGGUACUAACACUACGAUAAUUAGUCGUAGCGGGGAAAUAUUGCGCACAUUUGAUCCAAUAAUUAAAGAUACUCUUUUUGAGCAAAUGAAAAAGGAGGGUAUACGAAUCCUAACACAUGCUGGAGUCAAGUCAUUAUCACGUACGUCUGACAAUGGACCAAUUAAAAUUAAAUUUACAUCAAAAGAAACUGGUGACACGGAAGAAGAGUUCGAUACUCUUUUGUGGGCAAUUGGUAGAAAACCAAGUGUCGAAAGUUUAAACUUGGAAUUGGUUGGUGUCAAGUUAAAUGAAAAAGGUUACAUCAUUAGUGAUGAGUACCAAAAUACUACAGUAGACAAUGUAUUUGCAUUGGGUGAUGUUUGUGGCGUGGCUCAGUUAACACCUGUUGCUAUUGCUGCUGGACGACGUUUAUCCGAUCGUCUUUUUGGUCCGUUAAAAUUCAAAACUAGUAAACUCGAUUAUGAUAACAUCCCUACUGUCGUUUUUCAUGGAACUUGUGGUGCGGUCGGUUUGACCGAACCAGAGGCGGUAAAAAAGUAUGGCGAGACAAACGUCAAAACUUAUACAUCUAAAUUUGUAAAUAUGUAUCACGCUAUGACAGAUCACACUUAUCGUAUUAAAGAACCCGUGACGGCAUAUAAGCUCAUAGUAGUAGGAGAAGAAGAAAAAGUAGUUGGCGUUCAUAUUACAGGGAGGGACUCCGCAGAAAUUUUACAAGGAUUUGCUGUUGCUGUCAAGAUGGGCGCUACAAAACAAGACUUUGACAAUACUGUUGCUAUACAUCCCACUGCUGCAGAAGAAUUGGUAACUCUGAGGUGA